AUGCUUCAGCCUCUGUUUUGUCUGGUAUUCACAGAAGUGUUUGUGAUUCUGCUGCUUCUGUUUAGAACGCCUUUGCGGAAGCCACUUCUUCUUUUGAUGGACAGGGCGAAGCGCGGCCGAGGCCCGGUGGUGGCCUCCACCGCCGGAGGGACCCUCUUUGUGAUUCUGGUAUCGGUUUUCUUCUCGGACGAGCGUAUGUUGGCCUACCAUCUUCUUGAAGCUUCGCUGUUAGGUGUUUCCCUAUUUCUGGUAUUGAUGAUUGACAGGCUUCAUUAUUACAUAAAAGAACUUCGUUUACUGAGGAAGCAUGUAGAAGCAGUAAAGAAGUUCGAUCAGAGGAAUGAUGAAGCGAAAAACAAGGGAAAGUUAAAGACGAAAGUUGCAAAGGUAGAGGAAGAGGAUUGA